AUGUCCCUGUUAAUUCAAUUCCUCAGCCAGAUUCGCACAUUUGUCCGUGCUCAGAACAUCGACGAGCUCCGGAAUUGGCUCCUCGUUGAGCCCAACGCAAACCAGCAAUAUCACGCCCUUGCCAAUGAGCUGCGAACGCAGUUUCGCUCAUCACGGCAUGGCGCCAACGGGACAAGCAGCACAGCACUAGAGAGCACAAUUGAGAAAUGCCUCCCCGAAGAGGACGACGUGCCAGAGGGCCAGGGUUCGCCGUGGCCAGGCUUUGUGACUUUUAUGAAGGACUACAUGGUCUUCUGGCGCGACGUCGACUAUGAUGACCUCUUGGGUGCUCACACGUUACUAAGUGGGCUGGUAAACUCCUGUAGUACCGCCUUUGCCCACCCUACCUAUGGAGGCAUGCUACUGAAGACAGCAAUGUCCCUCUGCGAGUCCCUCUCGCGCCUGACAAUGAUGUUGUCAAAGCGUCCGGACCUUACGCGCAACAUCCGCAACGUCGACGCCGAUGACCGCAAGUCCAUUGCCGAAUCCUCGGCUGAGAUCAUCCAAAAGAUAUUCACUACUUGCCUGACGGACCGCUCCAGCGCGCGGUACAGCAAGCCGGAAGGCAAGAAGGUUGGCGUUUACAUGUUUGCCAACCUAGUGCUGAAGCUUCUCUUCGCCUGUCGGAGAACACAUCUUGCGAAACAAAUAUUCACAAACAUCUCCACAAACUCGCCGCCAUUAUCAUUCUACCCGGCAUCACAACGCGUCAACUUCCUCUACUACCUAGGCCGCUUCAACCUUGCAAACUGCCACUUCCUCCGCGCGGCGCUCUGCCUCGAAGAGGCCUAUCUCCAGAUCCCACCACCCCUCACAUCUCAUCGCGCCCUGGUUCUCAGCUAUCUCGUCCCCUGCAACUUCUUGCUGGGCCGUCUACCCUCCCAGCUCCUGCUCUCUCGCCCAGAAGCGUCAACCCUUGUACCCGUCUACCAACCACUGAUUCAAGCGAUCCGCAAGGGCGACUUUGUCCUCUUCCAACACACGCUGGCCCAGCACGAAAAAUACCUCUUCGACAAGGGCCUCCUCCUCGUCCUCACCCAUCGCCUCCGGCCUCUGCUCUGGCGCUCCCUCUCCCGCAGAACAUUCCUCCUCACCUACGCCCCGGGCCAAGACGACGCCAACCCCUCCAACACGAACCGACGCGCCGCAACAAUGGACCUCGCUGACCUCCACGCGACGUCCCAGUACCUCCAACACCGCCUCGAAGGCUACGUUCCCUCCAAGUCGCCCUCCUCCUUCGCGCCGUCGACAGCAUCCCCCGCUUUCCUCAAAGCAGUAAGCCACGAUGCGGCCUCGACGCUCGUCCCGCCGCCCGGCGGACCCAAGAAGCUGCGCCCCAACGAGGGAUUGGUCUGGGGCAACUCCCCCGUGGAGAUGGAUGACGUGGAGAUGAAUGUCUCGGUGCUGAUUCAGCUUGGGUUCAUGCACGGUUUUAUCGCGCACUCGCAGGGGAGGUUCGCCGUCAUGGGCGCCACGAAGAAGAGUCCCGUAUUGGCUGGGUGGCCGACGCCGUGGACGGCUAUUCGGGAGAGGCAGUACGAGGAGGAUCUGGAUUUGGAUCAUGUGCCUGGAUGGGUGAAGGGUUGA